CGACACGAAACGUCAGUUAAGAGGCUCGGUUCGUGGCGGUCGAGUGGCGUGUGUGCGACUCUACAUAACUGUUUGUUACACGUUUUAGUGUAUGUACUUAAUCUUUGUGAUAUAAUAUUUAUUAUGGAUACAUCGACGAAAUGCACGAAGAAGCCGAAUCCCGUGCAGAGGGCAAAUGUCUUGUCUACUUUAACUUUUACAUACAUGUUUCCGAUCUUCAAAAAAGCCUUCAAAGAAAACCUGACAGAGGACGAUCUAUUUGGACCUUUGGACGAACACAAAUCUAGCAAACUAGGAGCGGAAUUAGAAAGAUUAUGGAAAGAGGAAUACAGGAUACACAAGAAAACGGCUCUCCACAGAGCCCUUUUUAGGUUAUUCGGUGCAUUUUUUAUGUUUGUAGGUAUCAUCAAGUUGCUAAACGAGUUAAUGUUGAUAAUUGUGCUGCCCUUAGCCAUAGGAAAACUGGUGUCCUUUUUCGAAAAAGGCCAGACUCGAAUUUCCCCAAACGAGGCGUACAUUUACGCUGGAUCGUACAUCAUAUGCCUUUUCCUAGACUGCAUCAUAGCCCACCCGUCGAUGAUGGCCCUUCAGCACAUCUCCAUGAAGUUAAGGGUGGCGUGUAGCUCGGUAGUGUACCGAAAAAUCCUCAGAUUAAGCAGAACCGCGCUGGGAAACACGACAGUGGGACAACUAGUGAAUCUAUUAUCUAACGACGUCAGCAAAUUCGACCAGGGCUUCGUCCUGGCCCAUUUCGUAUGGGUGGGGCCGAUACAGGUCGGCGUGGGAACCUGGCUCCUGUACAGAGAAAUCGGAAUGGCAGCUUUGUUCGGGGUCGCCUUUUUGGUCUCCUUUGUCCCCCUGCAGAUUUGGCUUGCCAAAAGGACUUCGGUGCUAAGACUGCGCACAGCCUUAAGAACAGAUGAAAGGGUACGCUUGAUGAACGAAGUUAUAUCCGGAAUCCAAGUCAUCAAGAUGUACUGUUGGGAAAAACCGUUCGCACAACUCAUAGCCUUCGCCAGAAGGAAAGAAAUAAACGCCAUUCGUGCCCACGCCUACUUGAUAGGACUGAUCUACUCCUUCGAAAUAUUCAUAUCAAGAACAUCGAUAUUCAUAAGCAUCCUAGGAUACGUGUUGUUGGGCAACUACGUUACCGCUGAAAAGGUAUUUGCAAUAACUGCCGUUUACAACGUUCUAAGACCGGUAAUCACGAUUCUCUUCUCUAUAAGUCUGUCUAGUUUGGCAGAAGUAAACGUGUCAAUUGUGAGGUUGAACAACAUCUUGACUUACGAGGAACGUGCUGACUAUGUUUUGGAUGAAAAAACUAAGGAGGAGAAGAAAAAGGACAAUGGUCUUCUUAAGUCAAUUGACAAAAUUAACGACAUGAACGGUAGUCUCACGAAUGGUUCCUUGAAAAGUGAACUGGGAAUCUUGGAGUCCUACAAUAAAUCCGUAAAGCCCAAAAUCCUUUUACAAAACAUAACAGCCAAGUGGCUAGAUGACGCGACUGAAGAUACUUUACAUAACAUUAACUUAACCGUCUCCUCCGGUCAACUACUAGCUGUAGUAGGACCUGUAGGCAGUGGAAAAAGCAGCCUGCUUAACCUGCUGCUGAAAGAACUACCUCUGAAAUCUGGGAAGAUGGAAAUAGCCGGAAAAAUCUCGUUUUCCUCCCAAGAACCUUGGCUGUUCACUGGGAACGUCAGGCAAAACAUCCUCUUCGGCGAAGAUUACGAUGAGGACCGCUAUCAGAAAGUUGUAGAUGCUUGCGCGUUGAGGUCAGACUUCGCCUUGUUCCCCUUCGGGGACAAAACCCUAGUUGGAGAGAAAGGAAAAUCUCUAAGCGGAGGCCAGAAAGCUCGAAUAAACCUGGCUAGGUGCGUUUAUAAGAUGGCAGACAUUUACCUCCUGGAUGACCCUUUGUCAGCGGUGGACGCCAACGUCGGGAAACACUUGUACGAUAAGUGCAUCAAGGAAUUUUUGGGGAACAAAAUAUGCGUCCUUGUCACACACCAACUCCAAUAUCUGCAAAACGCCGACAACAUAAUUAUCAUGAACGAUGGGGAGAUACAAGCAGAAGGCAAAUACGAUGAACUCCAAACCACCGGAGUUAACUUUGUGAAACUGUUGAAACAGUGCCAGGACAACGAAGCGGAGGAGAAAGAGAAAAAGAAGAUCAAGUCCAGGCAAAAUUCUGAAAUGGAGGAAGAAAGUGAUGAAGACGAAGACCAACAAAUUGAAAAAGAAGCUCAGAGCAGCGGCAAAAUCAAAGCAUCCACCUAUUGGUUAUACUUCAGGGCAGGAGGUGGCCGCAUCUCGAUAAUGUUCCUGGUAUUUUUGUUCAUUUUAUGUCAAAUUGUUGCCAACGGAGGGGAAUAUUUUGUAACAUAUUGGGUGAAUUUGGAACAAGACUUUGCAGAAAGAGUGGCAAACAAUCUUACAACGGAAAACUAUACAAUUCCAAGAGACAAUAUAAUCUACUUCUACUCGGCUAUUACUUUAGGAACCAUAAUUGUUGCUGUGGUAAAGUCAAUCUACUUCAUGCUGUUCUUCACGAUAGCUUCCAGAAACUUACACGACUUCAUAUUCUCCAGAAUAAUAAGGGCUACGAUGCGAUUUUACAACCUAAAUCCUUCCGGAAGAAUCCUUAACAGAUUUUCAAAAGACUUGGGCACUAUCGACGAAUAUAUCCCGUCAGUUAUGAUAGACGUUAUAGAGAUCGCCCUUCUACUGCUUGGCGUCAUUAUUUUAUCGUCGAUCGUUAAUCCCUGGCUACUCCUUCCUUCUACGGUAGUAAUGAUCUUGUUCUACUUCCUGCGAUUGAUCUACAUUGAAACUAGUAGAAGUGUCAAACGUAUUGAAUCUAUAACAAAAAGUCCCAUGUUCAGUCACAUGACUGCCACCAUGAGCGGACUCAGCACCAUCAGAGCUUUCUCCAGGCAAGAGUUACUUAUUGAAGAGUUCGACGAUUUGCAAGACAUCCACAGCGCAGCGUGGUUCUUGUUUAUCUCUUCCAGCAGGUGUUUCGGCUUUUGGCUUGACAUGUGCUGUAUCGCCUUUAUUACGACCGGGUUAUUCUUCCUAUUAGGAUUCAACCAAGAAAUGUACGGCGGCGAUCUAGGCCUAAUACUGACCCAAUACAUGGGUCUGAUGGGGUCACUGCAAUGGGGUAUGAGACAGUGGAGCGAACUAGAGAACCAAAUGACUUCCGUGGAGCGAGUCCUGGAAUAUACUAAGCUGGAAAGCGAGCCGGAAAGAGAAGAGAACAAAAAUCUGCCGGUUGACUGGCCAGAGCAAGGACAAGUGGAAUUCAAAGACGUGAAAUUAAGAUAUAGUGAAGAUGAUCCGUACGUACUUAAGGGUUUGAAUUUCGUUGUCCAGCCCAAUGAAAAAAUAGGCAUUGUCGGCAGGACGGGUGCUGGAAAGUCUUCCACGAUUUCAGCGCUUUUCCAGCUGUAUGACGUGGAAGGAAGUAUUAUUAUAGACAACGUGGAUAGUAUUAAGUUGCCUUUGGAUCAGGUGCGGACUAAAAUUUCUAUUAUCCCGCAGGAACCAGUAUUGUUUUCAGGAACAAUGAGGAAAAAUCUGGACCCAUUCGAGGAAUACAGUGACGAAGUUCUAUGGAGAGCUUUAGAGCAGGUAGAGUUGAAGGAUGUGAUAGCCGAAUUACCAGCUGGUUUGAACACUAACGUCUCUGAAGGCGGCACUAACUUCAGUGUAGGACAAAGACAGUUGGUCUGUCUCGCUAGGGCUCUUAUAAGACACAAUAAAAUUCUAGUUCUGGACGAAGCCACUGCCAACGUCGAUCCUCACACGGAUUCUUUGAUCCAGAACACUAUCAGGAAUAAGUUUUCCGAUUGUACUGUGCUUACGAUCGCUCAUAGGCUCCACACAGUAAUGGACUCUGAUAAGAUACUGGUGAUGGAUGCUGGUAGCGUCAAGGAAUACGAUCACCCUUACGUUUUGCUACAAAAAGAAGAUGGCCUCUUGCGGAGUCUGGUGAAGACCACAGGUGCUAACACUUCGAAGAAUCUAGAAAGUAUUGCGAAAGAGAAUUACCUUAAGAAGACGGAAUAAAAGCAUUGGACUAAUUUUCUUGCCAAACUUCAACUUCAAUAGUGCUGUGAUGGAAUACAUGUUUUGUGUUUGAAAUGUUCAGUAUUUUUUUAUGUAACUUUUUAUUUACAUGUGCGCAAAAAUAAAAUUAGUUCAGUUUUUUCACA